AUGGAAUCUACUGAUCCAAUUGGCGAAGCGUCUACUAUAAUUUUUCUUGAGAGUACAUAUGCAACACCAGAGAAUGUUAUUGCAAUUGAUUCAGAACUCAAACGUAUUCGGCAUGGUCUGCGUGAAAAAGGGGCUUCUGAAAAGGUAAUCGAUGCUUUACAAGACACUGAUGUGCAUCGAGGAAACAAAGCUUCGAGUCAAGGACUCAUCUCCGAUUCUCUUCCUGAAUGGUGGGUUCCUGGAUGUAAUUGGUGUUAA